GAGCCUGUGUUGUGCGGCUCCGCAAAUUCAGUGCCGGAGUCGUCCCAGCUCCCAGUUUUCAGCAUUUGGUGUAGCUCUUGGCCGGCGGUGUCAUGGGGGAAGCGGAGAAGUUUCACUACAUUUACAGUUGUGACCUGGACAUCAACGUGCAGCUUAAAAUAGGAAGUUUGGAAGGGAAGAGAGAACAAAAGAGUUAUAAAGCUGUUCUAGAAGACCCAAUGUUGAAGUUUUCAGGACUGUACCAAGAAACAUGUUCUGACCUCUAUGUUACUUGCCAAGUUUUUGCAGAAGGGAAGCCUCUGGCCUUGCCAGUGAGAACAUCCUACAAAGCAUUUAGUACGAGAUGGAACUGGAAUGAAUGGCUAAAACUGCCUGUGAAAUACCCUGACCUGCCCAGGAAUGCGCAAGUGGCCCUGACUAUAUGGGAUGUGUAUGGACCAGGAAAGGCAGUGCCUGUGGGAGGAACAACAGUUUCACUGUUUGGAAAAUACGGCAUGUUUCGCCAAGGGAUGCAUGACUUGAAAGUCUGGCCUAACGUGGAAGCAGAUGGAUCAGAACCCACAAAAACUCCUGGCAGAACAAGCAGUACUCUCUCAGAAGAUCAGAUGAGCCGCCUUGCCAAGCUCACCAAAGCUCAUCGACAAGGUCACAUGGUGAAAGUAGAUUGGCUGGACAGAUUGACAUUUAGAGAAAUAGAAAUGAUAAAUGAGAGUGAAAAACGAAGUUCUAAUUUCAUGUACUUGAUGGUUGAGUUUCGAUGUGUCAAGUGUGAUGAUAAGGAAUAUGGUAUUGUUUAUUAUGAAAAGGAUGGUGAUGAGUCAUCUCCAAUCUUAACAAGCUUUGAGAUAGUGAAAGUUCCUGACCCUCAGAUGUCUAUGGAAAAUUUAGUUGAGAGCAAACACCACAAACUUGCCCGGAGUUUAAGAAGUGGACCUUCUGACCACGAUCUCAAACCUAAUGCUGCCACAAGAGAUCAACUGAAUAUUAUUGUGAGUUAUCCACCAACCAAGCAACUUACAUAUGAAGAACAAGAUCUUGUAUGGAAGUUUAGAUAUUAUCUUACUAAUCAAGAAAAAGCUUUGACGAAGUUCUUGAAAUGUGUUAAUUGGGAUCUACCCCAGGAGGCCAAACAGGCAUUGGAACUUCUGGGAAAAUGGAAGCCAAUGGAUGUAGAGGAUUCCUUGGAGCUGUUGUCCUCUCAUUACACCAAUCCAACAGUGAGGCGUUAUGCUGUUGCCCGGUUACGGCAGGCAGAUGAUGAGGUCCAUUGUUAUGCAUUACUCCUCUUCAACUGGGAUUUGUUGAUGUACCUAUUACAGCUGGUCCAAGCUCUCAAAUAUGAAAAUUUUGAUGACAUAAAGAAUGGAUUAGAACCCACCAAGAAGGAUAGUCAGGGUUCAGUGUCAGAGAGUGUGUCGAAUUCUGGAAUAAAUUCUGCAGAAAUAGAUAGCUCCCAAAUUAUAACCAGCCCUCUUCCUCCAGUGUCUUCCCCUCCUCCUGCAUCUAAAACAAAAGAAAGUUCAGAUGGUGAAAAUCUGGAACAAGAUCUGUGUACCUUCUUGAUAUCAAGAGCCUGCAAAAACUCAACACUGGCUAAUUAUUUAUACUGGUAUGUGAUAGUGGAAUGUGAAGAUCAAGAUACUCAGCAGAGAGAUCCAAAGACCCAUGAGAUGUACUUGAAUGUAAUGAGACGCUUCAGCCAAGCAUUGUUGAAGGGUGAUAAGUCUGUCAGAGUUAUGCGUUCUUUGUUGGCUGCACAGCAGACCUUUGUAGAUCGGCUGGUGCACCUAAUGAAGGCAGUUCAGCGUGAAAGUGGAAAUCGUAAGAAAAAGAAUGAGAGACUACAGGCAUUGCUUGGAGACAACGAAAAGAUGAACUUGUCCGAUGUGGAACUUAUCCCAUUGCCUUUAGAACCCCAGGUGAAAAUUAGAGGAAUAAUCCCAGAAACAGCUACAUUAUUUAAGAGUGCCCUUAUGCCUGCACAGUUAUUCUUUAAGACAGAAGAUGGAGGCAAAUAUCCAGUUAUAUUUAAGCAUGGGGAUGAUUUACGCCAAGAUCAACUUAUUCUCCAAAUCAUUUCACUCAUGGACAAGCUGCUACGAAAAGAAAAUCUGGAUUUGAAGUUGACGCCCUAUAAAGUAUUAGCCACUAGUACAAAACAUGGCUUCAUGCAAUUUAUCCAGUCAGUUCCUGUUGCUGAAGUUCUUGAUACAGAAGGAAGCAUUCAGAACUUUUUUAGAAAAUAUGCACCAAGUGAGAAUGGGCCAAAUGGGAUCAGUGCUGAAGUUAUGGAUACUUAUGUUAAAAGCUGUGCUGGAUAUUGCGUGAUUACAUAUAUUCUUGGAGUUGGAGACAGGCACCUGGAUAACCUUUUGCUGACAAAAACAGACCCACCAGAGAACCUAGGAGGGUAGAAGAAAAUUUCUUCCUCCUGGACAAUGGCUACUUUUUCUACAGCCAGGCUCCAGACGCGCCGGCUCAGCGGCCAUAGCUCAUGGGCCCGGCCGCUCUGCGGCGUGUGGGAUCUUCCCGGACCGGGGCACGAACCCGUGUCCCCUGCAUCAGCAGGCGGACUCUCAACCACUGCGCCACCAGGGAAGCCCAAUAUUUAUUUUUGAACAAAGUUCAGUAUUUAAAAUUUAGAGUGAUUACUGUCUAUCAAGUACUGUGUUAAGUAUUAGCUAUAUUAUCUCUUUUAAUUCUUCCAUAGAAGGUAAUUAUCAGUAUUAACUUGUUUUGUAGUUUAGAAAGUGAACCUUAGAAAGGUUAAGCAACUUUAUAAGGAUCACGUACCUGAUCAAGUGAGAUGUGAAAGUGUUUUAAUAAAGGGCCAUUAUGCUCCUGACUCAGAGUGCCUGCCAGGGCAUCACUGUUACCUGGGACUUUGUUACCACAACUAGAGUCAGUUCCAUGCCCAUUGUUGUUUAUGUUUCCAACAGUGACCUAAUGAUGGUGUAUAAAGUUCACAGAUAACAGUGUUAAUGCUCAGAGGAAGGCAUAGACAGAAGGGUAUAGCUUAACAUUUUAACUGGAUAGAGUCACUAUCAAAAAAUAUUUUGCAAGAUGGCAAAAGUGUGUAAAAACUCAAUAUAUGUGCCUCAAGAACAAUGGCUUGUGCCAUUGAAGGAAAGAAAUCGAAGCUUCCCCAAAAAUGAUGGAUAGGUUUCCACAUAAAACAGGUCAGAAUGCAUUACAAGAUAAAUGAGAGUGGGCAGGUUGCAUUAGGGAAAUUUUGAGUUGGCUUUUUAAAUGAAUUCAUUUCUUUUUUUCUUUUUUUUUAUUGGUUCACAUGGCUUUAUUGGAUGAAAAUAAGUAAAAUGAGCAAAAAUAAGAGAGUUGUUAACAAGAAUUUUUGCAAAAUAUUUCAAGCACAUAGCUACUACAUCAGUAAAAGUACUGAACAAUUCAUUUGGAUAAUGUCGCAAUCAUGCUCCUAUAGUUAUAAUAAGAAAAUAAAUUCUGAACAUUAAGAAAAUAAAUCUCAUUUCAUAUUUCUCUCAAGUUCUAAUAAGGUAAUGGCUAUUUUAAUUCAUAUGUAUAGAUGCAAAUGCAUUACACAGAAAAAAUAUAUUUGUUGUAACUUAUCAGCCUAUCUUGAUCUCAUUUAUAACUGCAUACUUGAUUUUAUUAUUAAGAUUUUUAAAAAUAAAUUCCCUCACUAAAAUAUGUGAAAGAAUUAUGAUAAGCCACUUUAGGAAGGCUUUUAACUAUUUGGGGUUGUUAUAUAAUAAUCAUCACCAUAAUGUUUUAGAGAUUCAAAUUCUAAGGAAAAAAAUAACUUGUGUAUAUAAGCAAAAGCUUUUUUUAAUUUUUAAAUUUUAUUUUAUUUAUUUUUUUAUACAGCAGGUCCUUAUUAGUCAUCAAUUUUAUACAUAUCAGUGUCUACAUGUCAAUCCCAAUGGCCCAAUUCAUCACACCCCCACCCCCACCCCCCGCCGCUUUCCCCCCUUGGUGUCCAUACGUUUGUUCUCUACAUCUGUGUCUCAAUUUCUGCCCUGCAAACCGGUUCAUCGGUACCAUUCUUCUAGGUUCCACAUAUAUGCAUUAAAAUACGAUAUUUGUUUUUCUCUUUCUGACUUACUUCACUCUGUAUGACACUCUCUAUAUACAUCCACGUCUCAACAAAUGACCCAAUUUUGUUCCUUUUUAUGGCUGAGUAAUAUUCCAUUGUAUAUAUGUACCACAGCUUUUUUAUCCAUUUCUCUGUCGAUGGUCAUUUAGGUUGCUUCCAUGACCUGGCUAUUGUAAAUAGUGCUGCAGUGAACAUUGGGUGCAUGUGUCUUUUUGAAUUAUGGUUUUCUCUGGGUAUAUGCCCAGUAGUGGGAUUGCUGGAUCAUAUGGUAAUUCUAUUUUUAGUUGUUUUAAGGAACCUCCAUACUGUUCUCCAUAAUGGCUGUAUCAAUUUACAUUCCCACCAACAGUGCAAGAGGGUUCCCUUUUCUCCACACCCUCUCCAGCAUUUGCUGUUUGUAGAUUUUCUGAUGAUGCCCAUUCUAACUGGUGUGAGGUGAUACCUCAUUGCAGUUUUGAUUUGCAUUUCUCUAAUAAUUAGUGAUGUUGAACAGCUUUUCAUGUGCUUAUUGGCCAUCUGUAUGUCUUCUUUGGAGAAAGGUCUAUUUAGGUCUUCUGCCCAUUUUUAGAUUGGGUUGUUUGUUUUUCUAAUAUUGAGCUGCAUGAGCUGUUUAUAUAUUUUGGAGAUUAAUCCUUUGUCCAUUGAUUAGUGUGCAAAUGUUUUCUCCCAUUCUGAGGGAUGUCUUUUAGUCUUAUUUAUGCUUUCCUUUGCUGUGCAAAAGCUUUUAAGCUUCAUUAGGUCCCAUUUGUUUAUUUUUAUUUCCAUCACUAUAGGAGGCGGAUCAAAAAAGAUCUUGCUGUGAUUUAUGUCAAAGAAUGUUCUUCCUAUGUUUUCCUCUAAGAGUUUUAUAGUGUCUGGCCUUACAUUUAGGUCUCUAAUCCAUUUUGAGUUUAUUUUUGUGUAUGGUGUUAGGGAGUGUUCUAAUUUCAUUCUUUUUUU